UCCCCUCCCAAACUGUUUCUCUCUGCCAUUCAAGACCAAUGAGAACCAAUGAAGCUCACAGAGUGUUCCGGGCUGUCCUCAAAGACCUUGUAUGCACCCAUGAGCUUCUCCUAUAUCAUUUCCUUCUGUAUGGCAUUUCAAUUCAGCUUCUUUUGGGAACCUCAUCCUUCCCAAAGGAAGAGGGGUCUCAUAUUGGUGCUCAAUCACCCUCCUGAUCUUUCUCUUAUUCUCCAUUGUUGCCUGCCCUUUUCUUUCUAUCAGUGUUUUGUGGGUCUUUUUUUGGAUUUUCUCUAAUGGCAGCGAGUCGAGUGCUUGUUGCUACUAGUCUUUCCUUACUGGUUGCGUCCACCAUUAACGCCCAUGGUGACAAAAAAUUACCAACUGGUACUGUGACUUAUGAUGGAAGAUCCUUGAUGAUCAAAGGCAAAAGGGUGCUUCUGUUUUCAGGAUCAAUUCAUUACACACGAAGCACCCCAGAUAUGUGGCCAGACAUUCUUCAGAAGGCUAAGAAGGGUGGUCUGAACCUAAUUCAGACUUACGUAUUCUGGAAUGUCCAUGAGCCGGUGCAAGGCCAGGUAUUUGAAAAAAUGUCAAGGUGAAAUGUUGAGUGUUAUCUUUCUAUGGAAUAUGGAUAUUCAUGUCUAUGUACAUUUUUGCAGUACAAUUUUACUGGACAAUAUGACCUGGUAAAGUUCAUUAAGUUGGUUUGGGAGCAUGAUAUGUAUGUAAAUCUCAGGCUUGGGCCUUUCAUCCAAGCUGAGUGGAAUCACGGGUUAGUACAACCUUCAAACUGCAUUUCCAUGUUAUGUCAAGACAAUAGUUCACCAUCUAUCAACAAUUCCUCAUACUUUGUCUUUGCCUAACAUUUCUCAGAGGAUUGCCAUAUUGGAUGAGAGAGGUGCCCGACAUUACUUUCCGCACUGACAAUGGACCGUU